AUGGAAAUUCGUACGCUAUACUACAUAGUGGCACUCAGCGUGAGCCUAGUGCUAGUCAGAGCUUCAGACUUCACAGCGAACUGUCCACAAGAAUGCAAAUGCGUCUGGGCGAGCGGAAACAAACAAGCCGACUGUUCACACUCAACCUUCCAUGACAUACCUAAGACACUAAGUACUGAAAUACAGAUUCUAGAUCUAACUAAUAACGAAUUAUACGAAAUCACGAGGCACGCUUUCGAAGAUGUCCGAUUAAUAAAUCUAAAGAAACUUAUAUUAAGAGAAUGCAAGCUGAUAACGAUACACAAAAGUGGACUCAGCGGCCUCGCGAUUAUGAUCGAACUUGAUUUAUCGAAGAACGACCUUAAAACGUUGCACCCAGACACGUUUAAGGAAACCGAGAAAAUAAGAUGGAUUCUACUAAACGACAAUCAGAUAGAGAAGCUAGAAAAUGGUUUGUUCAACAAUUUACCGUUCUUACAGAAAGUAGAUUUGAGCAACAAUCGCUUAGUACAAAUAGGGGUGAAGACGUUCAUGAAUGUGCCAAAGCUUAACAUCCUGCGACUGGACGGUAAUAGAUUAGAGCAUCUUAAAAUAGACACAUUAAGCGCAUUGACGUCCUUGUCUAAUUUGGACGUGCACGAUAAUCCCUGGAAAUGUGACUGCUACUUACAACCCUUCAGAAAUUGGGUGAUUAGUAAAAAUUUCUACACAUCUCCAAUAUCAUGUAGCGAACCGGCAAAAGUACACGGGAAAUUGUGGAAAGAGUUGGAUUCAAGCGAUUUCGCUUGCAGGCCAAGUAUUGUAUAUCCAUCAACUAAAACGACUUUACGCUCAUCGGAUACAAAUGUAACACUUUCUUGCCAAGUUAAUGGUAAUCCGUUACCAGAAGUUAAUUGGGUUUUAAAUGCACAAAUUAUCGAUGGCACUUACAGAUAUCAAGGCGAAAUUAAAUAUUACGUUACGCAGAGCAACUCCGAAAACAGUAGAUGGGUAAAUCUGACUAUCCUAGAUGCUGGUACUUCUGACAAUGGAGAAUAUUUAUGCGUUGCUAAAAAUGCAGGAGGUGUUGAAGAAAGGAGUUUGAUGUUGGCUAUUACCCACACACCUCCUGGAAUAGUUGCUCCACCUGGAAUGGAUAACAGUAUGCUACCUGUUCUAAUUGGUAUAUCUUGUACAGCAGCUAUACUUUUAAUUAUCUUGGUCAUUCUCUGCUACUAUUGCUGUAGAAAACGUGGUUCAGAUAAAAAGAAAGAUAAUUCGAAUGGAGAGGCUCUGAUUGAAGGGUCAGUGAUACCAGAAAUGGAAAAAAGUCUCAUAACAGCCGUGAAUCCAGUUACGAAACCACCGAGAAGAUACGAUGCCCCUCUGUCGAUCACUAGCGCAACCGAAAUGUCAGAACUCAAUAAAACAUUACUGGAUAACGAUUCUGUUUUUGCUCAUAAUGAUGACGAAAAGAGAUCACUGGACUUCGACCAACACACGAAACGAUCCCAAGACGCUCUCAACGCUGAAUAUGGUCGCACCGACGGCCGAGCUUAUCCGCCGGAUCUCUUAUCGUUCCCAGCGAGAGCAGCUCAAAUCUCCCCUGCUGCUAGUAAUGCAUCUACAGUUCCAGACACAAGUAGGCUACAAAUUAACCCAGUCAGUCCGAUCCAUUCGCCCAUUUACGGAAUGACUACGAAUCAAAAUCUCUUCAGGACUUUACCAUAUUCCCGAUCUCAGUCUCCUUUCACAGCACCAAUUACACCGCCAGUAGUAACGCCAAGGCAAGGAUACGUUACGAUUCCGAGAAGACCUAGAGUACCAUCGUGGUCUAGUACUGCCAGCACCCAAAUACUUCCUAGCGCUGAAGCCCAGGAGCCUCUAUACGACAACUUGGGUUUGAGGACAACCGCAGAUGGAAGUUCCGUACUGUCUCUAAAUAAAGCAGGAUUAGAACAACAAUUUUCCCCAAUGAGAAAUAGACCUCUACCCGCUACUCCUCCGACUGCAUAUCCCAGUAUACCACACCCCCCAGUCUUCUACGCUCCUAUUGAAGAACAGGAACCAGCACCUUCUCCCGUACCACCGCCAUUUACACCAACACGUAAUAGCAUUAGUUCGCAAAUAUCUAAUCAACUCUCGACGCCAGGCCCUCAAGAACCAGUGAAUCCAAGAAUGAGUUGGACGGCGAAAAACACGUCAACUCCGCAAACCGAAUCUAGAAAACAAUUGUUCAACGUGAUGGAUAAUAGAAACACGGACGCUCAGUCGCAAAUAUCUGACAAUAGUACACUUAGCCGUAAGGGUAAACCGGAAACGGGUUCGCUGAGAAGAAAUCCAAAAUCGGAUAACAAAGACGAAGUCAGUUCUCCAUCGAGAGAAGAUCCAAGGAAGAACGAGAGCAACAUAUCGUUAAAUCAAUCUGGAACGAUGGGGAGGAGUGGUAAAAUUCCCCCAAGACCGCCUCCGAAACCUAAGAAAAAGCCUCCAACUGAAGUGAAUGCAAACGAACCCUUAUUCGAAGACGAAGGCGAAGACGGCACAGAGGUGUAG